CGCAGUCGCCCCUUCAGCUUCCCCUCAGUUACUAUGGCGGCUGGACUGAGCGGGAUGUUUGGGAACCAGGGCCCGGUUCCUCCCCCGCCGCCUCCCCCACCACCUCCUCCGGUGGCCUCCGGCGGCCCGGGCCCCGCGGGGCUCCUCGCCGAACCCCACGGGUCCGCGAACCCCAUCGGUACCCUCGUGGAUGAGCUGGAGGCUUCCUUCGAGGCUUGCUUUGCUUCCCUUGUAAGCCAAGAUUAUGUAAAUGGUACAGAUCAAGAAGAAAUUAGAACUGGUGUUGACCAAUGUAUCCAGAAAUUUUUAGACGUUGCGCGACAAACUGAAUGCUUUUUCCUACAGAAAAGGCUACAAUUAUCUGUCCAGAAACCAGACCAAGUAAUUAAGGAGGAUGUUUCAGAACUGAGGAAUGAAUUGCAGCGGAAAGAAACACUAAUCCAGAAACACUUGGGAAAACUUCGUCACUGGCAACAAGUUCUAGAAGAUAUUAAUGUCCAGCAGAAAAAACCUGCCGAAAUGCCUCAGGGACCUCUGGCAUAUCUAGAACAGGCUUCAGCCAAUAUCCCUGCACCCCUCAAGCAAACAUGAAAAGAAGCAUCAUUGAAAGGCCAGAUUAAAAGUUGCUAGACCUUCCUCAUUUUGUACAUUCUGUAUUGAAAAAUAUGUUGUUUUUGAAAAAAUGGACGGCUACAGCUGUCAUUACGUGGAUCACAAUGUAUGAUUUUUUAAUCACCUGCAAAUUGAACACUUUCUCCCCCCCAUCUUUGGGGCUGUUAUAUCCUUUCAUUUAAGGAGCAAGAACUGUCACAUGAGCUUCCAUCAUGAUACCUGAACCUUUACAAGCGCUCUCUUGUGCUCAGGAGUGAUGUAACCAUGGCAUAAAAUACUGGCUGAAAUGCAGAGGGUUAUUUUAAGUCUGUCUGCAGUCAAUUUUGUAAUACUUCCCUUUUGAAAUAUAGUCUCAGUCAUUAAGAGAUUUCAGAUGAGGCAAGAAAGAGGCAAAGGCUUGAUGUGCCACAAAAAUGAAAUGUAUGUAAAACAGCCUCUUGACUCUCACGAGAGAGAAUUGUCACAAUGGUUAUGCUACUACUCCAUUUCAUGGCACGUUGUAUUAAACAAACAGUCCUACAGAAAAUGCUUGUUUUUGUUUAUUUUCUGUCUAAGGGAAAUAGCAGAGUAGUUACAAUUUUCUUUCCCCAAUCCCAAAUCAGUGCCUGGUGUUUCAGCUUCCUACCUAUUUUACUUCUGUGAAUCAAGUUAUGCCUUUAUCUUUGGAUUUUGGAAUCACGGUGCUUUUAAUUUCCUUGGCACAGUUCCAACUUCUGGUUCUGUGUUUCAAAAUUCUUGUGAUAUAAUGUAAAAAGAAAAACUGCCUUUGAGAAAUAUGUCAUGAUCUAAAUUGCUUUAAUUACACAUACAAAGCAAAAUUACUUUCUGAACAGAGUGUUCGAGUUGGGCAGUUGUAUGCUUUAAAUAAAUAGAAAAAAUGUACAUGGACAAAUCAUGGUUUAUCUAGCUUUAUUUUAAUAACGUUACAAAUGAACUUCUGGUGAAAGUAGUUUUUAUUUUUAUGUGAUAACAAAUUAAUUUUAUAGUAUACGAACAUACAUGUUACUUUGUUACAGACCAUUUAUGAGGAUUCUGGUUCCCUAAGAAUGUCUUAUCAUAUAUUGCAUAGUGAUAAUAAGGGUUGGCAUUUUAAAAGUUGUUCUUCAUUUUCUUCCUCUUAAAAGUAGUUUGACACUUUAACAGUUGGCACUUAAUUCUUUGUGUUUGUCACAAUUCAGCAUAGAAACCAACAGAAUUGCCUCCAAAUCUGAGCUGGACCGUGGUUAUGAUGUCUGCAGGCAGUGCAGAUAUACUAUUGUUACUUUGUUUAAACAGAUGUUAGAAGAACAUUUAGGAUAACAUUGUAGUUAUGUAAUGAGAUUUUGUCCCGAAAGCUGUAAAAAAUAAGCCUGAAUUUAAGUGGAGUUGGAUGAAGUAUCCCAGCUGUUUUGACACUGGCAUGCCGUCAUUGUGAGUUUAUACAUCGAUCCCAAUGAAGUAUAUUCUUUCACUGAAAUACUUCCACUAGGAGAACUUUUUCUCUUCUUUGCAGGCCUCUCACACAUUCUCAAAAUGUGUUUCUGGCAGUUGGGGCAGACGAGGAGGAUGUCCCAAUGGGUAAAAUUGUAAAAUGCGAUUUUGCCCAGUAUGAAUUUAAUGCUCAGUGCUAAUUUAAAUAUAUUACAUUCUAAUAUAAGUAUUUAACACAGCACUGCAAGCCCUUAUUUAUUUUUAAAUAAAAUUAAAAAAGAAUCACAGAUGCAUGCAGAUUCAUCCUUGGCUAGAUUCAUUCUCUGUACUGCACUGUGUACCUAUGUUGUAGACAAGGUUAAGAGCUCAGCUGUGACUGAGCCUACUAAAAACAUUCCACUUCUAGAUACAAUAUACAUUUUCUAAAGUAUAUGUAUAGCAAAACUCCAAAGCAAGUUAACUGAUUUUGGCUUGUGAAGAUCUUACUAACAACUGGGAAAAGUAGCCAAUAAACUUUAAAUAGAGUUUAAGUGUUGCUAUUAAUAUUUCAAAGUGCCAAAUAGCUUAGGACUGGAAACCAUCAAGGGCCACCUCUUCCCAUAUAUCUAUGUGGCUCUAUCUAUUUUGCUAUUUUCUUGUUUUUUUUUAUAAUGUAAAUUGCCCAGAAUUGG